CCUACAGACCAGCCACAUUGUGAGUUUGGAUUUCUUGCGCUAUGGACUCUCGCUUACAACCGAUUAACCGCCACACCUUUACUCAUUCGGAACUGUAUGGUCUGUUAAACCCGGAGAACGUCUUGACUCCCAAAGCAGCCCACAGACGCACCGGAUCCUUUUGAACAACCAGGACAAAAACCCGGGAGGAGAGCAGGCUACAGUCUGGACUCUCGUUCUGAGGAACGUAUUACCUUGACGAGACUAUUUUCCCUAUAAACAAAAGACGUUGAAUAGACAGAACAUAGUGAAUCUUUUACGGUGCAGCAGGCAACUACUGUAUGUGAUUUUGCUGAGGUUAAUACAAUGAGACUUUCUAGGAAGGAGUUGGUAUGGAUUAUUAAACUACUACUGCGGUGUCUGAGCUGCUCAGGAGGAGGGAUAGCUGAUUAUACAGUUGACAACAGGUGGGCGGGCCAGGAGCUGUUGUCCAAUGGGCUGUGUCAGUACGGGACCAGGGUGGAGUGCUGCUGGGGCUGGAGAAGAGCUUCCUGGGGGCACUGCCAACCUCUGUGCCAACAGGAGUGUAAACAUGGAGAGUGUGUCGGUUCGGAUAAAUGCACGUGCCAUCCAGGAUACACUGGCAAAACCUGCAAUCAAGAUCUGAAUGAAUGUGGGCUAAAGCCCAGACCAUGUAAACAUCGCUGUAUGAACACACAGGGCAGCUACAAGUGUUACUGUCUGAAUGGAUACAUGCUCCAACCUGAUGGAACCUGCAGGAAUGCCCGUACCUGUGUCAAGGCCAACUGUCAGUACGGCUGUGAGGUUACCAAAGGGGUGGUGAGGUGCCAGUGUCCGUCUCCAGGGUUACGGUUGGGGCCAGACAGACGCACCUGUGUGGAUGUUGACGAGUGUGUGGCGGGUCGAGGGGUGUGUCCUCAGAACAGGAAGUGUCAGAACACCUUCGGCAGCUAUGUGUGUAAAUGUUACCAUGGUUACAAACUCACCUACAUCAACGGCAGAUACCACUGUAUAGAUAAGGAUUCUCGUUCCUUCUGCUCCCUCAACCCUGACUCUCCCAAGUGCCUCUGUAGAGAUGGGGAGGGAACGGACUGCUACCCUGUUGCCAAGGUCACCAUUGUUCCUCCUCAACCUAAAACCACACCCAGAUCUACAAUGAGACCUACACCUAAACAAGCAACCAGACAUACAACCAGACAGACAGCCAGACAGACAACUACAGUCAGACCUACUACUUGUGCUACGAUAGAGACUACAAACGCGGCAACCACUGCCAUGGCAAUAACUACCAGGGGACCUACCACCACGACAACCAUCGUUACGACAACCACCGUCCCAACAACCGUUCCCAUGACAACAACCUCUACUCAGCCAUUGACAACCACUACAACCCCUACUCCAACUACCCUCUCCCCUACCACCCCCAGCCCUCCUCCCUCUACCCCCUCCUCUACCACUCCCAGCCCUUCCCCUACCACCCCCAGCCCUCCUCCCUCUAUCCCCUCCCCUACCACCCCCAGCCCUCCUCCCUCUACCCCCUCCCCUACCACCCCCAGCCCUCCUCCCACCACCCCCCUGGACAACCACAUUCAGAAGGUUGUUACUCAGAGACAGAGAGGGGAUGUUCACAUCCCCCGUCUUCCAGGAAGUGGAAACAGAGGGUUUGACUACGACAUUGAGCUGGGAAACACUACAGAGGACAACAGAGAUGAUCCAGGGGCCGGUGCUCUGAGCUGUUCAUUUGACCACGGUCUGUGUGGAUGGAUCAGAAAUCGAGAUGGAGACCUGCACUGGGAGACAGCCAGCAGCCCUGCCGGUGGGCGGUACAUGUCUGUUCCAGAGGUGGGGGUGGGGAAAAGGAGCAUUCAAGGCGCACGAUUGGUCCUCCCCUUAGCCCUGCCCUGGAGCGAGGGUCACUUGUGCUUCUCCUUCCGUCAUUGGCUAUCAGGUCACCAUGUGGGUGUGCUUCAGCUGUUCGUCAGGAGGAAGGGUUUGAGAUAUAGCCCCGCCCUCUGGAGCCGGACAGGGGGAGAAGGGUGGAGACAUACACAGAUCACACUGAGGAGAGCAGGCCUGGAGAGUGUCCUUUUGAAAGGAGAGAGGAGGCGUGGCCACAAAGGACAGAUGGGAUUGGACGACGUUAGCCUGAGGAGAGGGGCCUGCGGAGAAGAGAGACUCUAACACACACACAGACUCUGGCACUGUGUUGUAAUAGGUCCUUCUGAAAGGAGAGAGGAGGCGUGGCCACAAAGGAGAGAUGGGAUUGGAUGACGUUAGCCUGAGGAGAGGAGAGACAUUUUGUAAGGUCAAGACUCUGGCACUAUAGUCGACUUUACCUAAUACAGUACAACAUUUUGUAACGUCAAAGCCAGAGGACCUCUUAGAUCAAAUAUAUUGAUAACUGAUCAAAUAUAUUGAUUUUGUCCACUAGGUAAUUAUUGAUAAAGCAUGUUAAUGAUAUGGCUGUAUGAGCUGACUUUAUUAGUAAAGACAAAGAGGUCAAAACGCAUUUUGGAUAUCGUUGAUGUAUUAUUCUAUUAACAAAUACAGUCUGGGUCUGAGGUACGUUACUACCACAGAGGUAGAGGUACGUUACUACCACAGAGGUAGAGGUACGUUACUACCACAGAGGUAGAGGUACGUUACUACCACAGAGGUAGAGGUACGUUACUACCACAGAGGUAGAGGUACGUUACUACCACAGAGGUAGAGGUACGUUACUACCACAGAGGUAGAGGUACGUUACUACCACAGAGGUAGAGGUACGUUACUACCACAGAGGUAGAGGUACGUUACUACCACAGAGGUAGAGGUACGUUACUACCACAGAGGUAGAGGUACGUUACUACCACAGAGGUAGAGGUACGUUACUACCACAGAG